GGGGCGGGGGAGCUUCUCCCGGGCCAGGCAGGCAAGGCGGGCGGGCAGCGGCGGCGGCGGCAUCGGCAUCACCAGCAUGCCCGGCGGGGCGAGCCGCCUCCAUCUUGCGCUGCCCCCGGACGGAGGCAGCCAGAGGGUCCAGCCCAGCCCCAUCGGGAGAAAGCAGCAUGAAGAGCAACCGGUGCCCGGAUGCCCACUAGGUCUGGCCAGCUUGUCUAGGUCUGAGGCAGCACGAUGGCUUCGGUUGUGGAGCUCAUGGACAACAGCCAUUCCAGUUCCCUUCUGAUCCAGCUGAACGAGCAGCGGCUGUGCGGACAGUUCUGCGACGUCACCAUCAUCGCCGAAGACACCAAGUUCAAGGCCCACAAAAAUAUCCUCGCAGCCUCCAGCCCGUACUUCAAGGAGGUCCUCUCCGAGGAAUCGGUGUGUCGCCAACCGAGCCAGAUCCUGGAGCUUCCUGACAUCCAGGCUAAAGUCUUCUCGGACAUCUUGAACUUCAUUUAUAAUUCUCGGCUCUCGGUGCCCAGUCCGGCAGUUGCCAAGGAGAUUGGGGCGGUGGGCCGACGGCUGGGCAUCUCCUGCUUGGAGAACCUGGAUGACCCCUUGGCAGAGGUCAAGAUGGACAGUCCCAGCAUGGCCUAUGCUCGAGGGUGCGGUUCACCCAUUGACCUCACCUGCCCUUCCCGUUCCGCGGAGCCUUCCAGCCCUGUUUGCUUGCAGGAUUUGACCAAAGUGUACAGUCCCAGGCACGACUCCCGCCCUGACUCCGAAACCGAAACUGCCAAGAUCCUCUACAACCUGAGCUCCGUUGCGACCGUUCCACCCGCCGCCUCUUCUGAUCUGACGUUCAUGCUGAAGGAAACCGUCAGUUGGGACCACAACCUCUCUGGGACUCCUCCUGCCACUUCUGUCAACACAAACGAUGGAGCGCCGGCGUCAACCUCUUCUUCCUCACCCUCGUCUCCAUCCGGGGCUUCCUACCCAACCAGCAGCACCUUCUGCUGCGGAAGCUGCAACCGUUCCUUCACAACGUCUUCGGCCCUCAGCCUCCAUGUGAAGCUCCACCGGACGCGGCGUUCGCUCUCCUGCCGCUACUGCGGCAAAAGUUUCAUCCACAUCAAGCGGCUGCAGACGCACGAGGUCUUAUGCAAGGAAGUGGAGAAACCCAAGGAGGGCGCCUCCGCAGACAAGGCGCCCGCCAGCCCAGAGUUACCUUCCAAGCCGACAGUAGCAGCGGCAUCUUCCAAAAAGGGUUUGCUUUUCCGACACCGGGGGCCCCCGCGAGUGGAUUAUCUCUCCGACCAAGACCAUUUUGUCAAAGUGGUCGACGGCCAUAUCAUCUACUUCUGCACCGUCUGCGAGCGGUCCUACAUGACCCUUUCCAGCCUCAAGCGUCACUCCAAUGUUCAUUCCUGGCGCCGGAAGUAUCCGUGCCGCUACUGUGACAAAGUGUUCGCCUUAGCCGAAUACCGCACCAAGCACGAGGUCUGGCACACCGGGGAACGUCGCUACCAAUGCAUCUUCUGCUGGGAGACCUUUGUGACUUAUUACAACCUGAAGACUCAUCAGAAAGCCUUCCACGGCAUCAAUCCUGGCCUCAUAUCCUCCGAGAAGACCCCCAACGGGGGUUACAAGCCAAAACUGAACGCGUUGAAACUCUACCGCCUGUUACCCAUGCGCUCCCAAAAGAGGCCGUAUAAAACGUACAGUCAGGCGUUGGUGCCCGAGGACCUGCUCCAUCCAACUCACGCCAUCCCCAUGACGCUGGGGGAGGGUGACUCCUUGGAUGGGAACUUGGUCUCCUCCUUGACUGCUAGUGACGUGGUUUCUGUGUUCACCACCAAGAACGCCUCUUUAGAAUUGCCAGAGGCAGAACGGGACCAUCAGAAGGGAACCAUGAGCACCCAGGACACGUCUGUCCUUCCGGCUAUUGGUGAGGAGGCCCAGCUGGACAAGCCGCCCCGGUCUUUGAGCACAGAGGCUCCCACCGUCAUCGCCUACGGGCACCCCACCUCUUCUGUGAUCGUUCAUAGCACCUCGGUGAAAGCCCAGGCUCCUUCCGUGAUCACGUACAACAGUACAUCAUCCAGCGCCCCAUUGAACGUGGGGACUCCACCAUCACUGUCCCAGUCGUCCCCUUCUACGGUUGUUACCAAACCUAUUAAGAAGCAGGUCCUGAGGGAAUACAUUCAGUCCCAGAAGAUGGAGGAGCAGGCUUCGGAAGAGGACGGCAGCGAGCAAGGGUUCAAGGCGAGGGGAUCGCGAUCUGGGCGUACCAUGACUUACAUGGCUAAACCAGCCUGCGUGGGAGCCACCUCCGAAAGCCGAGCGGCUCCACUCUGCCAGAUCACGGUGCGCAUUGGCGAGGAAGCCAUCGUCAAGCGGCGAAUCUCCGAAACAGACCUCAUGCGCGACAAGAGCAGCCGGGUGGGAAGCAGACGCCUGGAUUUUGGCAGCGAUCAGAGCGGCGAGAAACCGCAUCACUCCCUGCUGCCUUCAAUGCUCCACGGCAAGCGUGCCGACAGGGUGUUUGCGAACGAGAGUGGCGAGGAGGACAGCGACCGCGGAGACACGGAAGACCAACUUUGGCGCCCCUACUACAGCUAUAAACCCAAACGGAAAGCCGGUGGCGGAGCCGGCAGCAGUGCCGGCAGCGCCCUGCCGAAGAUGAAGAAGUCGCGGUGGCGACACAAGCUGCGUUCCCUGCGGUGGAUGAAGCGGUCGGAGGAAACCAAGGAGGGGAGCAGAGCGGGACCCCACCGUCCAGGGUCUGCUGAAGUAUCUGGGGGACAGGGAGCUCCCUCCGACCGGGAUGAGAUGGAUCAGCCGAUCAAAGCGGGGGGCGGGCGGGGCACCGAAUGGAAGCACGAGUGUGGCAUUUGCGGCAAACUUUUCUCGGCCCUCAAGAAACUAAGGAAGCACGAACGGGUACAUGCGCGCCUCACCAAGGACGAUCAGGCCCUGGCGGUCUUGACGGCCACCCCCCACCGCGUGGGCCGCAAGCCUCUGGUGAAGUUUGCCUGUGCCCACUGCACAAAAGUCUGCAAGACCGCGGCGGCCCUGAGUCGCCACAUGAAACGGCACGAGGGCCAAGAGGAGGUCCCCCUGCCAGGGCUUACCACAGUCAUUGCUUAUUCUAAGAAGGCCACUGAGGUGCCCUUGGCCACCCCUCCUCCAGUGGUCAAGGAGGAGACCACCCAGGAGAUGCAGGUGUCUUCUUCCAGUGGGGAGGCGGCGCCCGGAGGCCAGCCAGAGGUUCCGGAGGAGGGCUGUGUGGAAAUGGAGCCCUGCAACGGGCACACGCUGGCCCCUCUGCCCGAAGACGAAAACCUGUCGCAGCAAGGGGCAGACAAGUCUCUUUUCCACGAGGAGAUGCCCGCCCACUCGCCUCCGCUACAGGCCACCACUACCACCACUAGCCUUGCCGAUCUGCCCCCAGAUCUGCCCCAUUCUCUUCAAGACCCCGUCAUCUCUCACACAGGCCUGGUACAGAAAGAGAUCUUGGCAUCCCAAGAGAUGGAAGGCGACCGAUACCCGGUCCAGGAGUACCCUUUACCGCUGCUGGUUCCCGGGAGUUGCCGGAGCAGGAAGGACGUGGAAGACAAGCCUUCGUUCCUGGCUUAUCCCAGCGCCAUCCAGUUCAACGCCGUCAGCAAGGCCGGGAGCAGCAGCGGAGAUGGCAAAGUCAGCUUCUACCCUGACCCUUACCCGCUAAUGUACGGGCACCAGCUGCUGGCCGCCUACCCGUACAAUUUCACCCUGCCGGUGGCUUUGAACAUGGUAAUCCCGGACGACAAGGGUCAGCCCUUGCCCUUCCUCCCCAACGUCUUCAGCUAUGCGAUGAACCCUUGCCGGGGCGUGGUGGGGCACGAGGGGGCCCCGGCUCCCCACGGGGGCCUGGGGAUGGGCAGUUCGGCUCGGGAAAGCAGAGGAGAGCCCGCGGGGCCCGAGAGGCUGAAGAAAGGCGGGCUCCUUUGAGGGCCGUCCGUCCGUCAUUCCGACGGGGCAGGAAAGGGGGCCACCGGAUUACCGUGGAAGAAAGGCAAGACGGGAGAGCGGCCGACCUCCGCCCCUCUUCGGUUCUGAGAAGCGGGUGGUGGUGUGCUUAUGAGAACCGGUAUGGAGGGGGGGGGGUGAGUGCGGAGGGCCCCCAAAGCUGGGGCAGGUAGAAGAGACCCCUCCCCUUCCUAUCAGUGGCAUUUCGCAUGGGACGUGUCGUAGAGAAGACUUCUUUUUAAAAAAAAAAAUAGCAAAAAUAGGUACAGGGUACCCUCUUUUUCUCCCCCCCUCCCACACGCCUGGUUCCUAAACCACCCCCCCUCUAUGAAUGUUGUUUGUAGACACAAAUAAGAGUGAAUUUGCACAAGGAACCGUUCCUCACCCCUCGGACUCCCCUGCCUGUCCCGUCCCGUCCCCCAGCGAUUUCCAGCCUGUUUUUCUUCGGCUCCUGAUCUCUUUUCGCCCCCUCCUCGGUACUUUUGCUGUUGGGGGGAUGUGGGGGGACAGAGGAGGGGGGCAGACUAGUUUGAAAGAAGUAGCCUCUUUAAUGUAGCUCCUCCCCUGCUGUCGGGGGCGCCUGCAGACCCUUUUCCCCCUGCUGGGGAGCGGGGUGUCUUUCCUCUGAGGACCCUCCCUCUGUCCUGCUGUUGGAUUCUCCUUCCCCCCCCCGUUCCCCCUUCCUCACCCCUCUGCUGUCGGGGUGUCUGCAGACCCUCUUCCCCUCCACCCUGCUGUUGGGGUGUCCUUCCUCUGCAGACCCCUCCCCUUCCUCUGCAUCCUGCUGUCGGGGUGAAUGCAGACCCUCUCCCCGCUACUGUCGGGGUGAAUGCAGACCCUCUCCCCGCUACUGUCGGGGUGAAUGCAGACCCUCUCCCCGCUACUGUCGGGGUAUCUGCAGACCCUCUCCCCUUCCUCUCCACCCUGCUGUUGUGGUGUCCCCUCUGCAGAGCUUUGGUACUGGUAUUGGGGUAUCCUUCCUCUGCAGACCCUCUCCUCUCCCUCACCCACCUCCCCGCUAUUGGGGUAUUCUUCCUCUCCCCUUUAUUCUCUCCCCUGCUCUUCCUUCGGCUCCUCCACUUCGCUUGCUCACAGCAGCUGGCGGAGCAGCGGAGUGCGUGUUGGAGGGGGGGGGCGAGUGGUGUGCGUGCGAUUUGUUUUCCAAGUGGCUGAAUGUGAUGUGAUGAAUCACAUUUUCCUUUUGGGCCGAAGGAAGGCAGCCAUGUGGGGGGGGGGCGAGUGGGGAGAGGAGGAGAUUGCCAAACCAGAGAGGAAUGGAAGGACGAUUUCUUUCUUUCUUUCUUUCUUUCUUUCUUUCUUUCUUUCUUUCUUUCUUUCUUUCUUUCUUUCUUUCUUUCUUUCUUUCUUUCUUUCUUCCUUCCUUCCUUCCUUCCUUCCUUCCUUCUUUCUUUUUCUUUUCUUUUCUUUUCCUUUUUUUCUGGAAAAUGGAAGGGCACCCUGUUGGGAGAAGAGCGGGGAAGGAGUUGGGGGGGGCGCUUAAUCAAUAGAUUUGCCCUCUCUGGUGCCUAGCAGCAAAAAACAACAACAACACAAAACCCUUCCUCUCCUCCCCAUCUCCCAACACCCCCCCUCCUGUCCCCACCCACCCACCCAGUAUAAACGACCAAGGAUCAGCAAUAGGCAAUUUCAGCUAUACAUGUAAUAAUGUUCUUUCUCUCUCUCCUUUUUUUUAAAGUAGUGUUACGUUCUGUUUUUUUUUCCCCCUUUCAAAAUCGGUGGCCUAGUUUAAAAUAAUAAUAAUAAUAAUAACGGGGCAGAUCUCCCUAGUGAAAAAACCACAGGAAAAGUCUGCAAGAUUUGGAUGGUAUACGGUGGUGGGGAAGGUAGGCUGGAAUUGUGGGUCCCAGGAGAAAAGAGAGAAGGCCGGAUAAAGACGGUUUGUCGGGGACCAAUUUAAGUUUGCGUCGUCGCACGAAACUCCGCAGGGGAGACCCCCGAGACUCCAAGCUCCCCAAAACGAGCACACACACACCCCCGGCUCCUUUUCUUCCCUUGCUGGCCCCUCCCCUCAAACCCCACCCACCCCGUAAAUAUCUUUUUCAACCUCUUGUUAUUACAUUCCAGGAAAAAGAAAAACUGAGAAGGAAGAAAAGGAAGGCUGCACUCUUUGCGGGCGGGGGGAAAUGAAAAACAAAGAUAUUUUUAACGAGCAAACCAAUCACCCUUUUCCUGUUGAAAAUUUUUCGACUCUUCCUUCCUCCGCGAUUCAAAACAUAAACACACCCCCACCCCGAUUUUGAUCAGUUCCCCAAAGGACCAAAAACCAGCACGUCUUAUUUUACAAUUAUUUCGGAAGGAAGAAAUCGUGCAAAACGUUCUUUUAAGAUUAAAUUCUCACCCGUUGUUCUCCCUGUAAACAUUUUUUUAUUUCGGAUCCAUUUCCACCCCCCAUCCCUCCUUUUUUUUUUUAAAGGAAGAUGGAGGAGGGGAGUAUCCAGACGGUUGCCAAAGGCCCUGCUGCCUGGUGAAUUAUAGGAGUUGUAGUCCCAGCCCUGGCCUAAAUGUUGUAGCCCCGUUUGUGGCGGCAUAACCCAUCUUCCAAAUUUUACUUUUUUUGUGUGUAUGCCCCCCACAUCCCCGCUUCAGGGAAGUCUCUGGAGGGACCUCUCUGCCCCAAGUCCUUCUCCUGGUCCGCGGUUGCCACAGCAUCAUCCCAGGCCUUGCGAUGUAUAUUCCCAUCGUUUGUGGAGUGACACGACCUGUGUGAUUGUUUUGUGCAACCCUGUGAAAGACACCCACCCUUAAGGCAUUACCACACCUCUUUGGUGGAAGGGGGGGAACCCUUCCAGAUGAACCAGUUUUUCUCCCCGCAGCUCUGGCUUGUGAUCCAUGGCACGCGCAGGUCCACCGCGAAAUUCCCUGGACAGUACACUGUGUAGAAUUCCCAGUGUAGAAUCCAACCGGGGAGUUGAGGUUCGGGCACCAGGACCACAACCUUUGACCCCUGUUCCACUUGCAGAAUUUGGAAACCACGGUGCUGAGGGAGGGUCACACCUGCCUUCCCCACCCACCCCCAGCCUUCUGCACAGCGGCUGGCUCCCGGGACCACCGCCGUGGGGGAAAAAAAAUCCCUUCCCACGCGAAGGAUGAUAUUGUUUCCCCCCGAUACUGCAACUCUUUGCCGCACUCCGGCACGCCGUUGUUUGCGUGCACACAUGGAGAUGACGGGCACGCAGCCCUCCCUGCUUUGCGGCUGCAGCCGAGUCGACCACGCCACGCACAUUUUUGCUCAUCCUUUCCCUUCCCCCUCCCCUACUGAGACCUGUGGCCCCCUCCUCUCCUUUUCUGCCACGAUGAGACUUCUCCCCCACCACCACCCCUCGCCUUGCCAGCUCUUCACGCUUCCAACAUCCAAUGCAUUCGACAUCCGAUGCAUUCCGCGGUUGACAGCAAGCUGCGUCGUGGUGCGGCGGGAUUCUCACGCACAUUUCCCGUCCUGUAGCAGCAGCCGCACAACCCCUUCUGCGCUCUUCCCCUUUCCCCCUUGAAGGGUGUGGCAUUCUGGAAUAUGUUAGGGUAUUGCCCUUUUCCAAUUUUCUCCUGGGAUUGUUGUUUUUGUGGGUUUUUUUUUUUUUGCAGGGGGAGGUUUGUGCCAGGGCAUAACGCUCGCUUGCAGGUCCGGUGUGCAGAGACCCCCCAACUAGCUGGGUUAUAGCACACGAGGGGGCGGGGGUCUUCCCAAUCUGGGACCCCAGUGGGUUUUUGAGCAAGGGGAGGAUCUGCAUUUCCAGCAGCGAACCCCGCUGAUUCCUGAGAUGGGAGGGCAAGGAUGAUGGGGGCCGGGCGGAGCACGCGCCAAAGGUAUUUUGGAUAGUUUCUUCCCCCCCCUUCGCCAGGGCAGGAGGCUCUGGAUUUGGGGGGGGGGGAAACGACACAUUGGGGGCAGAAGGGGGAAGUCGCUGACAUGUACAUAGUGGUCUUUUGCACUUUGUCACUGGGGGGGCUCCGGUGAUCGUCGACCGUUUGCUACUGAAUGUAACUCGUCUUUUAUUUUUUAUUUUUUAGAAAGCACCUCUCUAGGUAGUUUUAUGGCACUUUAGAUAUUUACUGAAAACUGUUUAAGGAAACUACAGAAAAAAAUAAAAAUAAAUAAAAAUCAAAUGAAGAGCGCGCGAGAGAGAGAGACGGAAAGAGAGACGGGAAAAAAACAAUAUCAAAGAGUGAGAGGAGAGAGAGAGAGAGAGAAAACGCGAGAAGGCAGGAAAAGACAAACCGUUUCAAAAUCACGUCCGGAGGACAAAAUCAUUUGUUGUUUUCUGCCGCUUUUUCCCCCCCCCUGGUCUCUGUUCCAAAAUUGUGACAGUGUUGAGGAAUCCGUUAGACAAUUACCGUAUUUAUCUUUCUGCAUCUUCUGUGUGUAACUCAAAUAACUUCUUCAGAAUAAAACAACAAUUAUAUGUU